AUGGCGCUAAUCUGGGGGCUGGCCAUCCCACUGCCAUCUUCCCUCAGCCUUUCACUAUUAUUUGGUCUUCUUGUUUGUGGAUUUUGGGUGCUGUUUUUUAGGUAUCAGCAUUUGAAGCAGGUGGCAGCCAAGACAGAGACUUCAAAGCAGGAUAAAUUGAAAAAGGCCCAGAAACUCACAGGUCAGAAAGAUCCUAUCCUUUACUCUUUAGCUCAAGUUCCACAGUUAGAAGAAAAUAUGACGGAUUGCAUUGAAGCUCACAUGACGUGUGUUUCAGGAUUCCCUGUGGGCUGGACCCAAGAAUAUAUACUCUGGUCAAUGGACAGAAGUCUUCAACAGAUCUUCCAACACCUGGAAAAUGCAAGAUCAAGUCUUAUGCAACUGAGUUUGCCUGAACCACCAGAUGCGAUUUCUUCUACCACUUCCUCCGUUCUUGUGGCUCAGGAGGCUGUUCUACCCUAUUGUGACUGCAGGAGGGCAAAAUGUUCCACCACCCACAGCAUCUCCUCUGGAUCAUCAGGCAUCAACUCCAGACAUUCUCACUUUCCUGCCUUUUCUGAAGGAAAAACCUGGCAAUUCCGGAGCAACAGUUUGCCUGUUUCCCCCAAAAAGCAACCAUCAAUGUUCAAGAACAAAGGCACAUCCCUGCCUCCUUUUCAGUUGUCAGAACCUGAAAAAUCAAAACUUUUACAGAAUUUGGCAACUCUUUCAUCCUUACAAUCUCAAAGUUCUUUUAUCAACUCUAUUUUUGAACCUUUAAAUCUCUGCCAUCAAGAAAAUAUAAAACAUGCAAGAAGGAGCACGAGGCAUUUGGCAUCAGACCAUGGGUCAAAUUCAGUUUCCAAGGAGAAACCACAAGUCCCUGGAGAGGCUCCAAUCCGGCUCUCCUCUUUGGCUAGAGGGGAGCUAGAAGGACAUAUGUCUUGGAAAGUUUGUACUUUGCGGGAACAAACAGUACCUCUGCCUGUGAAGGAAUCAUGGGCAAUACUGAAUUACCUAACUGAAGUACAAGAAGGAGUUCCUGAAACAGCAAAAUCUCAAGCCAAGUUAUCUAUGCCCAUUCAUCAAAGCACAGAGCAAAAUACCAACAAUAAAUCCCCAGACCUUUCAUCAUUUCAGCUCCAUGUGAACAUUGGAGUGGAAUCUGGAUUAAAUAGGACAGAAACAAAAAUUUCACAAUCCUUUAUCUCAGGGAAGCAGUCACAACAUGGGGGUGGCUCCCAAAUUGUUGAAUCCAAGACUUCAUUUAUGUCCAUGGCCACUCCACCUCCCAGAAGUUUAGGAGUGAACAUAAUUGAAGAGGAAAACACUGUAUUAAACAAGGACCCAAAACACAUGCUAGAGCUUAGUAUAGAGCAGAAGGUCAUAGAUCUUAUAGAAGAAAAGCUACAGCAGCAUAAGACACAAGUGACUAAUGUGGAGUUGACCCAAAAGCUACCAUAUCAAGUCACAGAUAACUUAAGGGUAACUCCACUGGCAUUGCUACAGGUCAUGAAUUCAAUGGGGAUGAUUCCAGAAUCACACCCAGAAGCAACCAAAUCAGAUCAAGUUGUGAAACCAUCAGAAGCCAUGGAAACAGUGAGCAUAACCCCAAAACCACCAAAUCAAAUCACUGAAUCCGUUGAGGUAACCUCAAAUCCUCAGCACCGAGUUAUGGAGUCAAAGAGGAAGGCCUCAGGAGUGUUGAAUCAAGUCACAGAUAAUGUGAAGAUAACUCCUGUAGCAUUGCUUCAAGUCAUGGGAUCUAUGGGGAUUAACAAAUCACAUCCACAUAUCACAGAAACAGUGGGAAUGACCCCACGGACACCACAAUGUCAUGUAAUGGAGUCAGAGAAGAUGGACACAUUGUUGGACCAUCAAGCCAUAAAACCAGAACAGCUGAGUCCAAGGCUACCACAUUCAGUCUUGGAAACUGUUGGAAUGUCUCCAGGGCCACAGCAUAAAGUCAUGGAACCAAUGAACAUGACCUUAGGGUCACAUAGUCAAGCAAUGGAACAAGUAAAGAUAAAUCCAGGGCUAAUAUAUCAGAACAAAAAAUUGUUGGAAAUGAUUUCAACACCACCACAUGAAGUCAUGGAUUACAAAAUAACUCCAGUGGCAUUAUUACAAGCCAUGGACAUCAUGGGGAUAACUCCACCAGCAGAGGCACAUGCUAUAGAAUCUGGGGAUUUGACUCCCAGUUCACAGAUUCAAGGUAUGGAAUAUGUACAUUUGGCCCUACCAUCGGAGUUUCAAGGUCUAAAUGCUAUGGAGUUGACGCUAAGACCUCUAUCGGAAGACAGAAAAUCUGUAGAGUUGGCCCCAAAGCCAUGGUUACAAAAUAUGAGAUCUGAGAAGGGAGUCCCAGGACUACUGUUUGAAGAUGUAAACAUUCCUCAGAUGGGAAAAUAUGGGAAUGCAAUUCCUGAGACACAGGUGCAAGGGAUGAGACAUGGGGAACAGAUCUCAGGGAUACACUUUGAAGCAGUAAAACCUGUAGACAUGAAUUCAAAAUCAAAUCAUCAAGUUACAGAACGUGAAGGACUGACCCCAUGGCAUCGGGCUUCAGAAUAUUCAGCGAUGAUUUCAGAGCCAGAAUAUCAAGGGACAAAAGCAAAUUUGACCUCUGACAAUCAUCACCAAGUGAAAGAAUCCAUUGGGUUGACACAGCUGUCUUUAGGAAUUACCCCAGGGCCAUUAAGUCAAACUUCAGAAUCUAUGGAGAUGAGCUCAAUGUCAUUCCAAGGCACUUCAGAAAAAAUGCCCCAACUUGUAAAAGCGAUGGGAGAGACUUUAGAGUCACAACACACAAAAAAAGAAUCUCUGGAUUUGAUACCAGGAUUAGAGAUGCAGAGUGUGAGAUUAGAGGUGUUGGCCCCACAGCCACAGUCGCAGGGUAUGGUUGUUCAUUUGAAACUAGGACCAUGUUCAAAAGGUACUGAUUUGUCAGAGAUACCCCUCCAGUCAGACUAUAAUGACACAGAAACUGUGGAGUUGGAAUUGCCUCAAGUUGAUAAAGGCUUGGGGACCAUUCUAGAACCACCAUAUUCAGAAACAAGAUCUCUGGAGUUGACUCUAGGACUAGGGAUGGGAUAUGAGAAUUCAGAGUCACUACAGCAAAAUUUAAAACCUGUGGAAACAAGCUCUGAGUCAUCCCCACUCAUGGCAGGCUAUGAAAAGUUAAGUACAGAACCAAAACCACAUGUUAUGGACUUGACCCCAGAGGCACAGAUCCAGGGAGUCAAGUCUGGUCAAUUGGAUCCAGAGUCACAGCCACAAGAAGCAAAAUAUGUUAAUUUAAUCAAACAAUCAACAGUAGGAGUGGUAGGAUCUGAGAAACUGACACCAGAGUCAGUACAGCAAAGUGAGUUACCGGAGGAAUUGAACAAGGGGGCACAGUUCCAAAAUCUAAGCCCAUGGCAGCCGACUCUCACAUCUUGUGAACUGACUCCAGGGCCACAGUUGCAAAGUGUCAGAUUUUCAAAGCUAUCUCCAGGGCCACUUUUAAAAGGAGAAAAACCUGUAGAUUUAAUCUCAGGGCCCACCCAUCAUGACAUGAAAUCGGAUGAAUUGAUCCCAGAUUCCUCAAUGCAAGAAAGUGAAUUGUCAGGGUCAAAGCACCAAAGUAUCAAAUUUGAGCAGCUGAUUCCAGAAUCACAACCCGAAGGUAUGAGAUUUGUGGAACUAAGCCCAGGACCAGGCUUGCAAGACAUCAAAUCUUCUGAAUUGACUUCAGGGCCAAAGCUUCAAGGUGUCAAGUUUGGGGAGGACAUCCCAAGAUUAAUAGUUUGUGAUGUGAAUUCUGUGCAGGGGACUCCAGAGUUAGGCCUGCAUGAUUCCAAAUUAGUGAAGAUGUCUCCAGGGUUUCAAGAUAUGAAACAGGCUGGGCUUAACUCAGGGCCAUGCUUACAAGAUGUCAAAUUUUUUGAUUUGACACCUCCAGGAACUCAACCUCAAUGUGUGAAAUCUUCUGAGUUAAGCUCAGGGCCACAGCUCCAAGGUGUGAAAUUUUUGGAGUUGGCUUCAGAGCCUGAGAGGCAAGGGGUAACAUCUGCUGAAUCAACCCCAAGACCAGAGAAGCAAGGGAUUAAAUUGGAAUUGUUAGAACCAGAGUCACUGUUAAAAGGUAUAAAACUUGUAAUGGUGAACCAAGUGCCAAACUUUGCGGGUAAAAUUUCUUAUAAACUCAUCUCAGAGCCACGGAAAACAGGUAUAGAAUCUAUUGAGUUGAUUCCUGCACCACAGUUGCCAAAGGUAAACCAUUCCGAGUUGACCAGAAGACAAAAGUUACAAGACAAGAAAUCUGAAUUGAUCCAAGGAUCAAAGAUGAAACCACAGGUAGAUAAUACAAAAUCUGUAGAGAUAACCCUAGUCUCAAAAUGUCAAGGUUUAAAACCUGAGAAGCUUACCUCAGAAUCACAGUUAACAAAUAAGAAAUCUGUGGUGCUAAGUCCAGGACCAAAGUUAGGAGGUAUAAAAUCUAUGCAGUUAACACCAAAGCCAAAGCUAGGUGACAUCAACUCUAUGAUGUUAACCCCAGGGCCACAGGCAGGAGGUGUGAAACCUGGGGAGCUGAUCCCAGGCUCAGAGCAUCAAGAUUUAAAAUCUGAUUUGCUGACAUCAGCAUUACCAUUGGAAGAUGUGAAAUCUGUGAGCUUAACUCUAGGGCCAUGUCUGGAAAGCACAACAUCUAAGGAGAAAACCUUGAGUCCACAGCCAGAAGGUCUCAAAUCUGUGGAGAUAAUCUUGGGAUCACACAUAGAUGUCAAAUCUGUAGAAACUAGCCCUGAUUACAAGCUUGAAGGUGUGAAAUCUAUGGAAUUGACUCCAGGUUCAAGAAUUCUAGAUUUGAAAACUAUGGAGUUGGUCCCAGGUACACAACUGCAAGAUGCAAAAGCUGUGGAAUUGAAACUUGGGCCAGAGAUGCAAAGUGAGAAUUACACAGCAUUUGCACCAGAGCCAUUACUUCCAGGGGUUAAGUCCCAAGUGCAAGCCACAAAACCUAAGGAAUUGAUUUCAGAGUCACAAAUGCACGAUGUAAAAGUUGUGGAGGUGACUCCAAGUUUAAAGCUCCAAAGUUUAAAAUCUGUAAAGAACACUCCAGAUCCACAGCUGCAAUGUGAAAAAUCUGUGAUGGUGACCUCAAGGCUAAGGAAGCAAGUAGUGAAGUCUGUGAAUGUAACCAGAAAUCAAGGGUUUCAAGGAGCCACAUCUGUGGAUUUAACCCCAAUGCAACCAUUUCAAGAGAGGACACCUAUGGAUUUAACUCCUGGGUCUGAACAGUACGGUCAGAUAUCUGCAAACUCACCAGAGUGGAAAUGUGUGAAUUCAGAGCAAUUGAAUAGAGGGUCUCAGUCAGAAGGGACAAUGUCUUUGGAGUUAAUUCCGGAGCCAAAAUCUAAAGAUGUAAAAGCUGUAGAUCUCAGCUGUGAACUACAAUCGAGAGAACUACAAUCACUGGAGUUGGCUCCAGAACCAAAUAUCCAGGAUUUAAAAGCUAAAGAGUUUGAACGUGAACCACAGUUACAAACUAUGAAAUCCCCCAAGUUGACCCUGGGACCACGGUUGCACCAAGUGAAACCCCUGGUAUUAAUUUCAGAGCCACAGACUGAAGGUAUGAAAACCAUGCAAUCAAAUGAGGAGCCACACAGUGGAAGUAGGAGAUCUAUUAAGUGGAUACCAGGGCCUGAGUUCCAGCGGGUGAAAUCUGUAGGCUUAGAUCUUGGGUCACAAACUUUAUGUGUCAAACCUGCAGAGCUGAAACAUACUAUACAGUCAGAAAGUGUGAUAUCACCUGAAUUCACUGUAGGGUCCAAACUUCAAGGUGUAAAACCUGUGGAGUGUAAGUGUUGGCCACAGUUCCAGUGUGUGAAAACUCCUGAGUUGUCCUCAGCGCUAGAGCUGCGAAAAGGUAAAAGCUUGGCAUCAGCCUCAGAGCCACAGCUUCAAUGUACAGAAACUGUGGAAUUAAACCAAAGGCCACAGCUUGGAAGUACGAAAUGUGUCCAGUGGAUAACAGGACCUGAGUUCCAAGGUAUAAAAUCUGUAGGGUUCAAUACCGGGACACAGUCUCUCAGUGUCAAGCCUGCAGAUCUGAAGUGUUCAACACAGUUAGAAAGUGUGAAGUCAGCUGAAUUGACUGUAGGGUCCAAACUUCAAGGUGUAAAAUCCGUGGAGGGUAACUGUGGGCCACAGACGCCAUGUGUGAAAACCCCUGAGUUGUCUCUGGGAUCAGAGCUGAAAAAAGAUAAAGUUUUGGCAUUGACCUCAGAACCACAGCUUCAACGUACAGAAACUAUGGAAUUAAACCAAAGGCCACAGCUUGGAAGUACGAAAUUUGUCCAGUGGAUAACAGGACCUGAGUUCCAAGGUAUAAAAUCUGUAGGGUUCAAUACCGGGACACAGUCUCUCAGUGUCAAGCCUGCAGAUUUGAAGUGUUCAACACAGUUAGAAAGUGUGAAGUCAGCUGAAUCAACUGUAGGGUCCAAACUUAAAGAUGUAAAAUCUAUGAAAUGCAACUGUGGGCCACAGUUGCAGUGUGUGAAAAUCUCUGAGUUGUGCCCAGCACCAGAGCUGCAAAAAGGGAAAAUUUUGGCAUCAACUUCAGAGCCACAGCUUCAAUGUAUGAAAACUUGGGGAUUAAACCAAGGGCCACAGCUUGGAAGUAUGAAAUGCAUUCAGUGGAUACCAGGAUCUGAGUUCCAGGCUACAAAAACUGUGCUAAAUCUUGGUUCAGAAUCUCAAAGUCUCAGAACUGUACAAUUGAAACCUUCAACACAGUUAAGAGAUAUGAAGUCAUCUGAGUUGAUUCCAAGGCCAAAGCUCCAAGAUAUUACACCUUUGACAUCAUUCUGGGAACAUCAACCUCAAGGAUUCAAACUAAUUGAUUUGAAACCUAGGCUACAGUUGAGAAGUAUGAAAUCAGGUGACCCGGCUUCAAGAUCAAAGUUCUGUAAUAUAAAAUCUAUGAAAUUCAAACCUGGGCUACCUUUGCAAGAUAUGACAUCUCCUGAGUUGACCCCUGGACUACAGUUGCAAGAAAUGAAACCUCUAGAGUCAUCCCCCGGAACACAGCUUCAAGGAAUGAAGUCUUUAGGGUUUACACAGGGGCCAAAGCUUCCAGAAGUGGAAUGUGGGGUAUUCAACAAAGGAUCACAAUUACACAGUGAUAAAGCUGUAGAAUUGAACUCCCCACUAUACUUGGAAGGUAUAAGAGCACUUGAGUUGGCUCUUCAGACGAAGCCUCAAGGUGUGAAAUCUGAAGAACUUAACUCUGGGCUCCAGCAGCAAGGUGUAAGAUCUUUUAAGUUGACUCCUGAGACAACACAUCAAGAAACAAAAUUUGCAGAGCUAAGCUCCAGCUCGCAGUUGAAGAGUAUACCAUUUCCUGAUUUGAUCAAGGGGACCAAGGUUCGAGGUGUCACAUCUACAGACUUCAAACCUGGGCCAUGGUUACAAGAUGUGAAAUCUUGUGAGUCAAUGCCAAGCACAAAGCUUCAAGAAGUGAGAUUGGUGGAAUCCACCGCAGGUCCACAGCUGCAAGAUGUGAAAUCUUCUAGGCUGAUCAUGGGUAUAGAGCUUAAAGAUGAAAAAUGUAUGGCUUUCUCUUCUGGACCACAAUUACAAAGUGUGAGAUCUUCUCCAGCGAUUCCAGGGAGAAAACUUCGAAGGAGAAAUUUUGUAGAAUUCAAACUUAGACCAAAGUUACAAGGUGAUUUGACUCUGAGGAGGAAGCUUCCAGAUAUGAAAUCUGUGAAACUGAAUUCAAGCCCACAGUUACAAGAUAGAAAAUCUCCCAAGCAGAUAAUGAACAUAAAGCUCCAAGGUGUAAAAUUUAUGGAUUUCAGUUCUCAAGCACACCUUAAAGGUAUGAAAUCCUCUGAGGCAAUACAAAAGACAAAACCUCAAGAUAUGAAAUCAGUGGACUUCAACUCUGAACCACAAAGUGAAAAAUCUUCUGAGUUUAUUCAAGGGACAAAGCUUCAAGAUGUGAAAUCUGUAGAGUUCAACCGUGGCCCAAUGUUACAAAGUGUGACAUCCUCAGAAUUAACACCAGAAAUAAAGCUUCCAAGUGGGGAGUGUGUAGAGUUUCGCUCAGGCCCACAGUUGCAAGAUGUUAAAUAUUCCAAGUUGAUUCCGGGUACAAAGAUUCAGGAUGCAAAAUCUAUGGAGUUCAGUUCUGGACCAUCCUUGCACAGUGUGAAAUCUUCUGAAGUGGUCUCAGGGUCAGAGAUGCAAAAAGCAAAACCUCUGGGAUUCAUGCUGGGGCCACUGUGGCACAACAUGACAUCUUUAGCGUUGACAUUAAGUAAGGUACAAGAUAAGAAAUAUUUGGGGUCCAACUCAGCUCUACAAUUACCAGAUAGGAAAUCUAUGUGGACACCAGAGAGCCACCCUCAACAAGAAAUGAAAUUCAUGGGAUUUGAUCCUGGGACAAAGUUACAUAGUAUCAAAUCUGAGUCAACAAACCUUCAAACAAGGGAUUUUAAUGAGGUCAACCUUAACACAGAAUCUCAGGUUGCAAAACUCUCUAAUUUGGCCUUGGAAUCAAAGAUUCAUGGUAGGCUACCUUCUGAAUUCAAUGCUGGAAAGCAGCAGCAAGAUGAGAAAUCUUGUAAAUGUAUUCAAUGUCCAGAGUUUCAAAGUGAAAAAUGUAUGGUGUUUAAUCGAGGGCCACAUUUACAACAAAAGAAAUCUUCUGAAUUAUGUGAAGGAACAAAGUUCCAAGAUGUUAAAGCUAUGGACUUCAAUUCUGAACAACAGCAAAAAGAAGUGAAAUCUCUUGAGUCAUGCCUGGGAACAAAGCUUCAAGGUACGGGGUGUUUAGACUUUCACCCUGGGCCAAAGCUUCCAGGGACAAAAUCUUUUGAGUUGAACCCUAAGUCAGAUCAAGGAAUAAAACCUGAAGUGUUCUGCCUUGGACCACAUUUGCAAGGUGUGAAUUCUGCUGCAUCCAAUCCAGGGCCACAGUGUCAGUGUGUAAACUCUACUGGGUGCAACCCUAGACCCUAUUUGCAAGAUGUUAAUUCUUCUGCAUCCAUCCCUGGCCUAGAGCUUCAGUGUGUAAACUCAAGUGGGUGCAACCCUGGGCCAUGUGUACAAAGCAUGAAAUCUUCUGCAUUCACUCCAGGGGCACAACAUCAGUGUGUAAAUUCUACUGGUUGUAACUCCAGGCCACAUUUUCAAGGCAUGAAUUCUUUGGCAUGUACUCCAGGGCCACAACUUCAAUAUAUGAAUUCUUCUGCGUACAGCCCAGGGCUACAACAUCCGUGUGUAAAUUCUACCGGGUGCCACCCUGGGCCACAGUUGCAUGGUGUGAAAUGCUCUGAGCAGACUCAAGAGCCAAAGUUUCUAGAUGUAGAACCUAUGGGAUGUAACUCUGGGCCACCAAGGCAGUAUGUGAGUUCCUCUGAGUUAAAUCUAAGGCCAAAAUCACACUGUAUAAAUUCCAUGGGAUGUAAACCUGAGUCACACUUGCAAGGUGUACAUUCUUUGGAACCGACUUCAUGGACAAAAUGUCAAGGUAUGAGAUCUUCUGAGUUGCGUCCAGGGCCAGAGCUUCAAGGCACAGAAUCAGUUGUGUUCAACCCUGUGCAUCAUUUACAAGAUGUAAAAUGUGUAUUGACUCCAGGGACAAAGUCUGAAGGUACAAUGCCAAUGGAGUUCAAAUGUGGCCCACGGAAGCAAGGAAUGAAUUCUGAGGAACUGCCUUCGCACCUCAGGCAGCAGAAUAUGGGAUCUAUGGUGUUUGUACCCAAGCCAUGUUUUCAAGAUUUGAAAGAUGUGAAGUCAAACCUAUGGCCACAAUCUCAAAAUGUGAAUUCUUUAGGGUUGACAUCAUGCCUCAGGUCACAAUGUAUUAAAUCUGUGGUUGUCACACCAAAGUCAUGUUUUCAAAAUGUAAAACCUGUGGAGCUGAGUCCAGGGUCCCAUCAGCCAGGUAUAAAUUACCAAGAAUUGAUUUCAGGUCAGCAAGGUGUUAAAUCAGAGACAAUGGCACCAGAGUCAAGCAGCAAGUUCUUACCAGGACCAAUAUUGACUAGUGUUAAAUUCUCAGAUUUGCCUGCAGAAUCACAGCGGCAGGGAGCGAAGUCUUCGGAGUGUACUCCAGAGCCAAAAGUACAAAGCAUAACACAUGUAAAAUUGUCUUCAGUAUCCCUGCAGCAAACUGUGAAGUCUGUGCAGUUAGCACAGCCACCAAUUCAGAGAGUGAAAUCUGAGGAGCAAACUCAAAGAAAAAAUUGUCAAGUCACAGAAUCCUCUGAAAUAAUCCCUAAACCACAACAUCAGUUUGUAGAAUAUGUAGAGAUGAUCCAAAAGCCAAGGCAUCAAGUCCUUAAAUCUGUGAAUUUGACUUCAGUACCAAUUAAUGAGACCACAGAGUCUUCAGAAAUGGCAAAAGGGUUGGCACAUACAGGAUUAGAAACUAUAGAUAAAACUAUGAGGUUGACCCCAAAGCCAACAGGCAAAGCCAUGGAAUCUUCAGGGGUGCCUCUACAAUUAGAUCUUCAAGUGCCAGAAUUUGGUGAUCUUACUCUGAUGCUAAGGGGUCAAGGCUCAAAAUCCUUGGACUUAACCCCAGGGAAAAGCUACCAAAUUCCAGAAACUCUGGCGUUGCUCUCUCAGUCAUGUCCUCAGGUUAAGGAUUUGGAGAAGUUUUAUAAAAGACCACUGCAGCAAGUUGUAAAAUCUGAAAGGAUGACUCCAGAAUGCAAACAUCACAUUCCAGAAGCUAUGGGGUUGACCUCUAUAGCAAGGUUGCAAGGGAAAGAAUUCCUUGGAAUGACUCCAAAACCAAUCAAUCAAACCACUGAUUGUGCAGAGAGAGCUCCAAGGCCCUAUCCUCAAGAUUUAGAACCUGUUGGGGUAAUAUCUGAGAAAAGAUGGCAAAAUGAAGAAUCUGUAGUAUUGAUUCCAAAGUCAUUUCAUCAUACCCCAGAUUCUACUUCAUGGAUGACACCAGGGCUAGGAUAUCACGCUGUUAAAUCUGUAGAGUUAACUUCUGAGACAGGGCUGCAAGUAAAGGGACCUAAAGAAUUUAUCCCAAGGUCACAGCAUUAUUUGGGCUCUUCAAGGCUAACAUUAGGAUUAGGACAUCAAGUAUCAGAAUCUCUAAGUUUGACCUCUAAGCAGAAGCUGCAAAUGGAGAAAUCCUUAGAGUUGCCCCCAAAGCAAGAAAGUCAAGCUAUGGGACGUGCAGAAUCCAUAGAGCUCACCUCUGAUACAUGGCAGCAAGGAGAGGUAUCAAUGAGCCUAAGACAGUCACAGAAUCAAAAUAUGAAACAUUCAGGACCAUUGGAUCAAAUUAUAAAAUUUGUAAAGGUUAGUCCAAAGCCACUAUAUCAAGUCACAGAAUCGGCAAGGGCACAGCAAGUUGCUCAAUCAGUAGGAACAAUAUCAGUUCCUCCCCCACCAAUUGUUGUAUCUGUGAAAGCGAUCCAUGGACCACCAGUGCAAGUUGUAAAAUCUGUGACAACACCGGAAACAACCCUUCAAAUGGCAGAAAAUGUUAAGUUGACCCCAAAGCUUCAAAAUGUGAGAACUUCAGAGUUUAUCUCAAGGCUAUGGUUACAAAACAUGAGAUCUAAGAAAUUAAUCACAGAGCCAACACACCAAAUUUUGGAAACAAUGGAGUGCACAGGGUUUCAAAUCGUAAAGUCUGUAUUAACACCAGGGCCAUUACUUCAAACUGUGAAAUCUGAGAAAUUAUCACCUGGCCCAAUUCCUCAGGUUGUAGAACCAACAGUAGCCCUAAGAUCAGGGCUUGAUGUAAUAGAUUGUUUGGAUUUACUCCCAAGGCCAUAUUUUCAAGAACUGGUAAAACCUGUAGAAUUAACUCCAAGGUCAAAUAUUCAAGUGAAAUCUGAAGAAUUAACCUCACAGCAAACAUCUCCACUUGAGAAGCUUACAGUAAUGACUCAUGAACAAAAGCUUCAAGCUGUGAAAUCUAUGGGAAUAAAAAUUGAGUAUCCGAAAGUCAUGGAAUCUGAAGAUUUGGAUGGAAGACAGAUGUGUCAGAAUAGCGACUCUGAGGAAUUAAUGUCCGAGAAAGAGUUGCAAAUAGGGAAUUAUUUCAGUAAUUUCCCACACAGCUCUUCAACAUCACUUAUUUCAAGCUCUGUCAGAACAUCUGAAUUAGGAAGUCUUCAGCAAUCUGGGAUGCUAGAUGUACCAACAGCUUUGGAUAUAAAAAACUUCAGGACAGAUAUUUUGCAGCCUGAAGAGUCCUGUACAGAUCCUACAGUGAUACAGUCUCCUAUCCUCCCCUUGGCCUUUCAUAAGCAACCCUAUGAUAAGACAGCUAGUUCUAUGAAAACUCCAUGUCCUGAGAUCCCAGGAGAGGAUGUAAUAUCCAAGGAGAGAAUUAAAAGGAAGCAACUAGAGGAGUUAGAGAACUCACUACAGAAUCUCUCCCGACAUCUACCACAAAGCUGGAGGUCACCACCUAGGACAUUUCUAGGGGGACCAGGGGGUCAAAAAGGCCCUACCUCGUCUUUCCUGGGCAGACGACAGAAUGUCUGGGAGAAUCAUGCCCGUAUGCAGCGACUACCUAGAAAAUAUCUUUCCACUAUGCUAAUGCUAGGGAAUGUCUUGGGGACCACUAUGGAAAAGAAGCUUUGUUCUCGAACAUGCUUAGCAGAAAGAGUCACUGCAGACACCUGUCAAUCUGUUCAGAAUUUAUUUGGGGUUCCAGCUGAACUGAUGGAAUUUUCUCAGAGUCUCCUAGAGAAGGGUCCUGGUGCUGUUUCUCAGUCUUCAGUGGUCAAAACCUACAUUCAGAGGCACACUUUAUGCCCUGGUCAUGAGAAAAGAAUGACCUUAAGGAUGUGGACACGUGGCUCCACAUCUUCCAUAAUACAACAAUACUCUGGGACUAGAUUUGGAAUAAAGAAAACAAACUCAAGGCCCAGUGAUACAUCCCAGGAAGUCAUUCAGCACAUGCCUGUCUCAUGUGCAGAGGGCCAGCCUCCUGACCCAGUAAAGUCAGAGUCUUCCCUCAGGAUAUUUUAUAAAAGGGAAGAUCCUGUCCCUGUGGAAGAGAGCGAGAACUCACAGAGUGACUCAGAGACAAGGACUUUUGAGUCUCAACACUCUCUAAAGCCAAGUUAUCUUCCCCAGGCCAAGACUGACUUCUCAGAGCAGUUCCAGUUACUACAAGAUCUGCAGCUAAAAAUAGCAGCAAAACUCUUAAGGAGUCAAAUACCCCCCAAUGUGCCUCCUCUAGCUUCAGGUCUAAUCCUAAAAUACCCUAUCUGCCUACAGUGUGGCCGAUGUUUGGGAUUUAAUUGCUGUCAUAAAUUACAGACCACUUUUGGGCCUUAUCUGCUUAUCUAUCCACAACUCCACCUUGUAAGCACUCCAGAAGGCCAUGGAGAGAUUCGGUUGCAUCUUGGCUUUAGGUUGCGAACUGGAAAAAGAUCCCAAGUCUCAAAGUAUUGUGGAAGAGAAAGACCUGUCGCACAAAAGAAUCCUGUAUCAGCAUCACAAAGGAAUGGUAAAAUUGAUACUCAAGCUUCCAAGAGUCCUGCUCCCACAAUAGAUUUUCAAUCCGGGUCUUCCCAUUCUCCUGCUCCUGUACAAGUCCACAUCAGGCGAAGGCAACGUGAUAGUCCAGAGCUGGUAAAAAAGAGAAACAUUGGAGACCCUGGGCACUAUGACUUCACUCAAGUUCACUCUCUACUAGACAGUGACUCUGAAAGUGAUCAGGAUGAAAAAUGGGUUAGAGUGAGAACCAAAAAGACCUCUGUUUCAAAGUAUCCCAAGAAAAGACUCACUAAGAGACUUAGAACACAAAACACAAACAGCAGAACCACAACAGAAAGUCCCUGUGCAGAAUUACCAGCCCCUCCAAGGAGGAAGAGGACCAGAACAGUUCAUACAAGCUCUGCCUCUCUGAAAAGACAAUCUAAGAAAUCUUCCCAACCCAGGUUCAUGCAAUUGUUGUUUCAGGGCCUAAAGCAGGCAUUCCAAACAGCACACCGAAUUGUAGCGUUUGUUGGACAGAAGCCCGGAGACAGGACAAGGCCAGACAGUUUGCCAUCAAGCAAAAACUGCCAUCCAAAACAAAAAGCCAGGGCCCAUCACUUACUGAGAGCUAACAAAAGAGACAAGGUGCCAGUUGGCACGCAAAAGCCAACAGGUGCUGCCACUGGGCAGGACCCCACGCCGUCAGGAGGAACAGAUCCAUGCGGUUCACCUGAAAGGCCAAAAGGAGCGAGAGCUCUCCAAUCCAGCCCUCUCCAGCUGCCUGAGCCCAGAGUUUCCCAAAGAGAUCUCACUCUCCAGGCUACAGCAGUCAUCCAGCCUCUGGAUACACUUCAAAACGACAGUAGCAGCAGGGCAAAGCAAACGUUCUGCAGAAACGAAACCAGGCAAGGGUCAAAGGACUUGCCCCAACCGGGAAGCAGGGUUCAGGCUCGAGGGAGGGCCCUACCUGGUCCCCCUAGGAAGAGAGUCUUACCCUGUGAGGAGAAGCUCACAGCCCAGGAGCGCAACCCCCGCGGCUGCUUUAGGGAGAGGCUCUCCCGACAUUCCUCCGAGGGGCACUUACACAGCCCCUUCGAGAAGAGCCGGGGCAGUCCCUCCGAGAGGAGCCAGCGCAGCCCCUCGGAGAGGACCCUUCGCAGUCUCUCGGAGCGCAGCCACCGCAGUCGCUGUCGGAGAAACCAUCGCAGUCCUUCCGAGAGAACCCUGCAAAGUCUCUCCGAGAGACGACACCACAGUCCCCCGGACAGGCGCCAUCACAGCCUUUCGGAGAGAAGCCGAGGCAGCCCCUCCGAGAGGAGACAUCGCGGUCCCCGAGAGGGGGUCCGCCAUGGUCCCUCGGACAGGAGCCCCCGCUGCCCCUCAGACAGCAGCCGCCUCGGACCCCUGGACAGGCGGCGCCAUGGUCCCUCGGACAGGAGCCCCCGCUGCCCCUCAGACAGCAGCCGCCUCGGACCCCUGGACAGGCGGCGCCAUGGUCCCUCGGAUAGGAGCUCCCGCUGCCCCUCAGACAGCAGCCGCCUCGGUCCCCUGGACAGGCGGCGCCAUGGUCCCUCGGACAGGAGCUCCCGCUGCCCCUCAGAUAGCAGCCGCCUCGGACCCCUGGACAGGCGGCGCCAUGGUCCCUCGGAUAGGAGCUCCCGCUGCCCCUCAGAUAGCAGCCGCCUCGGUCCCCUGGACAGGAGGCGCCACGCUCCCUCGGACAGGAGCCCCCGCUGCCCCUCCGAGGGGAGCCUUGGCAGCCCCUCGGAGAGGAGAGGAUUCAGCUACUGUGGGAGGAACCGGCACGCUCCCGCUGCGAUGAGGCAGCUCAGGCCCUGUGAGAGAAGCCGGCGCAGUCAGUCGGAGAGAACGCAUCCCAGCCCCACCGAGAGGAGCCGCCACAGCCACUCGGACAGGAGCCGGCGCAGCCACUCCGAGAGGAGCGGGCGCAGCCACGCGGAGAACAUCCCUCCGAGCCCCCCGAAGGAGAGACCCCAGCACGGUUCCCCUAAGGAGAGGCCCAGGCGCAGUCUGUCCAAAGAGGUCAAGAGUUGCUCAAACACGUCUCCUAGGAGCCACACGGAAAAACCUCAAAGCAGGGCAAGUUUGGAGGCCUGA